AUGGUCCCGCUUAAAAGUGAAAUGUGGAUGCGUGGUUUCCUGUUUCUUUUUUUUGGCUUUAUUUCCAUUUAUGCAGAUGCAAUUUACUUGCAAGAUAAUAUUGCAAUCAAAGGAACACCUGUACAGUCAUCCACAUAUUUUAACCAGGCUGAUAGCGCAAUUGAUGGUUUUAGCACAACAUGCACCCAUACCAAUACAGAGUCAAACCCAUGGUGGAGGCUUGAUCUGUUAAAUGUAUCCAGCAUUAGCCGAGUGGUCAUCACUAACAGAGUGGACUGCUGCCCAGUACGAAUCAAUGGAGCAGAGAUUCGUAUCGGAAACUCCCUGGACAACAACGGCAAUAACAAUUCCAGAUGUGCGGUAAUAUCCAUGGCGGAAGCUGGUGAGGUCGCCACUUACAUGUGUGCUGGAGGGGUAAUGGAGGGCCGUUAUGUGAAUAUCGUUCUUCCUGGAAAAUUGACGAAUCUUACUCUCUGUGAAGUGAAAGUCUAUGCAGAUAAUGUGGCAUUACAUGGAAAUGCUGUUCAGUCAUCCUUGUUUAGAUACUGGUUUCCUCGACGUGCUAUUGAUAAAAUCAAAUUAAGCCAAGGUGAAGCAUCAUCUUGUAGCUGUACACAGUUUGAGCAAAAUCCAUGGUGGAGGUUGGACCUUUUGGAUAAUUACUACGUUAGCAAAGUGGUCAUCACUAACAGAGCAGACUGCUGUCCUGAACGAAUCAAUGGAGCGGAGAUUCGCAUCGGGAACUCCCUGCAGAACAACGGCAACAACAAUCCCAGAUGUGCUGUAAUUGAUAGUAUUCCAGCAGGCGCAUCCUACAACUUCUCCUGUGGUGGAAUGUUGGGACGUUAUGUGAAUGUGGUUAUUCCUGGAGAUGAGAAGAUUCUCACUCUGUGUGAGGUGGAAGUUUAUGUAAUUUUGCCAGAAGAAAAAAUAUUUGUGAGGAUGAAACUUCAAUCCAGUGUUGAUUUAGCAGGUCCAGUGAACAACAAACUUCUGUAUCAGGUGCAGUCUGCUCUGGCAUCAAAAGGGAUUGGCAAUGCCAAACUGUCCUGGUCACAACUUCCUCAGAAAGAGGUGAAACAUGAUCCAGAGAAAGGUUCAUGUGAUUGAAUAUAACCUGG